AUGGCGCACUGCGUCUUGACGUCGCGGGACCUCUUGCGCGAGAUGGGCGCGUACCAGAGCGGCUGCUACGCGGACCUCCUGCCCUUCCUUCGCCUUCUACAGAGCACGACGCCCCGCUACUUUCGGCUCAGCGACCACGGCGCCUUCCACGCCCUGCUCGAGCCUUGGCGCUCGGUGUUUAGCAUUGACCGCUUCGUGCGCGCCAAGCCCGAGUGGGCCUCGUACGUCUUGAGCUACGCUGCGAUCUACGGCAAGGUCGAGCUGCUCGCAGACUUGCACGCCCAGGGCCACUUUGUCAACGACGAGAUUGUGUGGGCGCUCGCGGCCGAGCACGGGCACGUGUCCAUCUUUGCCUUCUUGGCACGCAUCGUCUGCGACCCGUACACGGCCACCGCCAUGACGCACGCCGCCAAGUACAAUCAACUUGCUGUCGUGCGCUUCUUGGACUCGCACUUUGGUCCGUGGCGCAACCGGUGGCCGCUCACGACGGCAUGCAACCACGGCCACGUGGACGUCGCGCGCUACUUGUAUGCGCACAGCGACGGCGCCAGCGUGCCCAACCUCAUGCGCGGCGCGGCCAUGCACGGACACCUCGCCGUGCUUGCGUUUUUGCACGAAAGCGGCUACGCGCACUGCAGCACGCUCGAAAUGGACAUGGCGGCCAGCCACGGCCACGUGGACGUGGUUCGGUAUUUGCACACGCAUCGAGGCGAGGGCUGCACGAUGCGAGCCAUGGACCUCGCGGCCAUGCACGGCCACUUGGACGUUGUACAGUUCUUGCAUCAACAUCGCAUCGAGGGCUGCACGACGGACGCGAUGGACAGUGCAGCGAGUGAGGGCCACCUCAAGGUCGUCCAGUUCCUGCACGAGCAUCGAGGCGAGGGCUGCACGACGGACGCCAUGGACGGGGCCGCGAUGCACGGGCAUCUGGACAUUGUCCACUUCUUGCACGAGCACCGGCGCGAGGGAUGUUCAACGUCGGCGAUGGACGGAGCAGCCAUCUACGGCCACACGGACGUGCUCGUCUUCUUGAGCGAGAAGCGCCAUGAAGGCUGUUCGGACGCCGCGCGCGCGUACGCCGCCAAGCACCAACCGCCGCACAUCGUGCGCCUCCUCAACACACCCCGUCCUAGCUGAGGCGAUGUUGAAUUGUUGAAUUGUUUUGGG